AUGGCGGAUCACUUGAAUGCGUUUCAGGGAUUACUCAAUAAAUUAUCUGACAUAGGAAUUAAGUUUGAGGAUGAGACUCACGGUUUGUGGCUUCUUGGUACAUUACCAGAUUCUUGGGAGGUGUUCACGAUGUCUCUUUGUAACUCCGCGUUGAAUGGUGUGAUUUCGAUGGACUUAGUGAAGAACAGUUCGAGGGGGAGGAGUUCAUAUAGAGAGCCCAGGAGUAACAAGAACAGGAGCAGGAGCAAAUCUAACAAAUUUGCUAACUUGGAGUGCCAUUAUUGUCAUAAGAAAGGGCACAUGAAGAAGGAUUGCUGGAAGUUGAAAAAGGACAGCAAACUUGGAAAGAAGCAAGAAGAUGGUGAAGAUCGGGUGACUCUCACCGAAGAUCAGUUUCUUAUUCUUCUUGAGAGUGAUGCCAUUAAUGUUGCAUGCCAAGACACCAGUUGGGUUGUUGAUAGUGGAGCUACUACUCAUGCUACAUCGCAGCGGGAUUUGUUCACUACCUAUACUCCAGGUAGUUAUGGUUCUGUGAAGAUGGGUAAUGAUGCAAUGGCCAAGGUUGCUGGCAUUGGUGAUAUUUACUUGGAGACUAGUGUUGGUACUAGANUUUUGCUUAAGGGAGUUAAGCAUGUCCCAGAUAUUCGGUUGAACUUGAUCUCUAAAGGGAAACUUGAUGAUGAGGGUUUCUAUAGUCUAUUUGGAGGAGGUAAAUGGAAACUCACAAGGGGUUCCAUGGUUAUGGCUCGAGGAAAACAGCAGGGUCUCCUUCAAGUCUUCUGCUCCUUCCAGGAAAUCUGA